CCUCGCGGGCAGAGCUCAAGGGGGUCCCCUCCCCCGGGCAGGAGUGAGGACGAGCUCCAAAGGUGAUGGAGGACUCUGGGGAGCGUGCGCCCAUGCAGGAAGGGCAGGCUACCCCGGGGACCUGGGUUCGACUCAGAGAACGCGGGUCCCUGGCCCCCCAGGGAAGGAGACUCGAUCUGAAAGAUGCUGCAUUCCUGCCAGCCUCUCUGGGUCCAGCAGAACACAAUCUCCUUCACGGUGAUGUGGAUGAGGGGGUGACAGAGGACGCUGCCAGCAUCUGAAGUCUCCAGAGGGUCCAGGCCAGGCAGCGCCUGACCACUGAGCCAACCAUGGCCGAGAAGGGUGACUGCCUCGCCAGUGUCUACGGGUAUGACCUGGGCGGGCGCUUCGUUGACUUCCAGCCCCUGGGUUUCGGCGUCAACGGGCUGGUGCUGUCAGCCGUGGACAGCAGGGCCCGCCGGAAGGUGGUGGUGAAGAAGAUCACCCUGAGUGAUGCCCGAAGCAGGAAGCACGCGCUCCGGGAGAUCAAGAUUAUCCAGCGCCUGGACCACGACAACAUCGUGAAGGUGUACGAGGUGCUGGGGCCCCAGGGCACCGACCUGCAGGGCGAGCUGUUCAAGUUCAGCGUGGCCUACAUCGUCCAGGAGUAUAUGGAGACCGACCUGGCACGCCUGCUGGAGCAAGGCACGCUGACCGAGGAGCACGCCAAGCUGUUCAUGUACCAGCUGCUCCGGGGGCUCAAGUACAUCCACUCCGCCAACGUGCUGCACCGGGACCUGAAGCCCGCCAACAUCUUCAUCAGCACCGAGGACCUCGUGCUCAAGAUUGGGGAUUUCGGGUUGGCGAGGAUCGUUGAUCAGCACUAUUCACACAAGGGUUACCUGUCAGAAGGGCUGGUAACGAAGUGGUACCGCUCACCGCGCCUACUCCUCUCCCCUAACAACUACACCAAAGCCAUCGACAUGUGGGCCGCCGGCUGCAUCCUGGCUGAGAUGCUCACGGGCAGGAUGCUCUUUGCUGGGGCUCACGAGCUGGAGCAGAUGCAGCUCAUCCUGGAGACCGUCCCCGUGAUCCGGGAGGAGGACAAGGACGAGCUGCUCAAGGUGAUGCCUUCCUUCGUCAGCAGCACCUGGGAGGUGAAGCGGCCGCUGCGCAAGCUGCUCCCGGAAGUGAACAGUGAAGCCGUCGACUUUCUGGAGAAGAUCCUGACCUUUAACCCCAUGGAUCGCCUGACCGCCGAGAUGGCGCUGCAGCACCCCUACAUGAGCCCCUACUCUUGCCCCGAGGAUGAGCCCACCUCGCAGCACCCCUUCCGCAUCGAGGAUGAGAUUGACGACAUCCUGCUGAUGGCCGCCAGCCAGAGCCAGCUCUCCAACUGGGACAGGUACCCCGUGAGCCUGUCGUCCGACCUGGAGUGGCGGCCCGACCGAUGCCAGGACGCGAGCGAGGGGCAGCGCGACCCGCGCGCGGGGUCGGCGCCGCUGGCGGAGGACGUGCAGGUGGACCCGCGCAAGGACUCGCAGAGCAGCUCGGAGCGCUUCCUGGAGCGGUCGCACUCGUCCAUGGAGCGCGCCCUCGAGGCCGACUACGGGCGCUCCUGUGACUACACGGUGGGCUCGCCGUCCUACCUGGACAAGCUGCUGUGGCGCGACAGCAAGCCGCACCACUACUCGGAGCCCAAGCUCAUCUUGGACCUGUCGCACUGGAAGCGGGCGGCCGGCGCGCCCCCAGACGGGGGCGCCAGCCCGCAGUUCGACCUGGACGUGUUCAUCUCCCGCGCCCUGAAGCUCUGCACCAAGCCCGAGGACCUGCCAGACAAUAAACUAGGCGACCUCAACGGCGCGUGCAUCUCCGAGCACCCCAGCGACCUCGUGCAGACCGAGGCCUUCUCCAAAGAAAGGUGGUGAGGGCGGAGGGGCGCUCCAGGCCGACCCCCUGGAAACCAUCCGGGGAAAGCCGGACCCGCCCGGAGAGGACCCGCCCCCCUGGCACCUCCACCAGCCCUUCCGCCCCCUCUCUGCUGCCCUGGGGUUAGCGGAACAGGAAGGAUCCGAGGAGCGAGAGGAAUGUCCAUUUCUUAAACUGCCUUAAUAACUAGCCUUUAACCUCUGGGAGCGUGUUUGAACAGGUUUCUAGUUUGGGGGUUCAGAGGGGGUUGAUCACUUACCCAGCAAAGAAGAGGCCCUUGUGUUUUUAUCAGUGGUGGUGCGCAGGGCAGAAAGGUCUUAGCAGUCAGAGGCCCCACCUGGGUGGCUACGUGGAGAGGAACCUGGCAGAGAGGGUUGGCACUCUCUGGUCCAACAUCCUCAGCUGACAGAUGAGAAACACAAUGAGGUCCAGAGAAGCCAAGUGACCUGCUAGUAAGAUCGGGGCCUAGUCUGUGUCAGGGCAAGCCUUGAAUCCCAGUCUCCUGGCCCCCAGGCCAGUGUCUGUCCACUAAACAACGUCUUCCUCUACUGGGGUCACACUGGCCUUUUUCUCAGAAAACUUGGUUCAAGACGUUUCUUCCCUGUCCAUUGCCAGCUUACCCAUUCCGUGUGCUUUUACUCAAAGCCGUGUCCUGUGAAUUCUGAAACUGGACAUUGAGCCAGCUUCUUUCCCCUUGUCACCAAGUGUUUUUUUUUCCCCCUAGCUCCUCAAGUACUGAGUAUUCCCAUUUGCCUCACCCCGGUGUGAUCUGAACUCUCGGUUUCAGAUCAGACCAGUUCGGGAUCUGUGGGUAAAACCACCCAUCCUCCCAGGCCUGUGCACACAGCUUUUCCAGAACUUUCUAUGCACUUUGCUGACACACGCGCAGACACAGUGACACAGCUCUUGUUCCCCAGGGAAUGCCAUACACUGGUGAGUCUGAAGACGGCAAUUCCAAGAAUCCCUGCAGCCUGCCCCGCACCCCUCGUACACACAGCCCCGCUCCAAACCUACCUUGGGAGCUUCUGCUCUCAGCCCAAAUUGCCCCUUUGGAGGAAAGCAGUGAAGUGCCUGCAACCGAGUGGAUAUGCUGGAAGAGCGGCUCUCACACAGGACCCAUCGACCUUCGUUAAUUCUGCCCUUGACUUUGACCAUCCAUUUAGCCCCAGCAAACAUCAGGCCAUGAAGAAUUGCACUUGGGGACAAGGAAUCCAGAAAGGCAGGAAGGUCUGCAAAGUGGGGUGCCGACAUUCAGGGCCCUCAGGGGUCAGGUACCAGCAUGGGGACCCCACGGCAAAAGAAAGGACUGGAGACCACCAUGUCCUCCCUAGCUUAGACCAGGAUGAAUUUGGGGCAUGCCACGCCAGGGGUGCACUCGUUCACAGAGCCUCAGGGGACAGCGUGUAGCAUGGCAGGCCCUCUGCAGAGGCAUGGAGCCCGGUCCUCGGCAAACGCUCUUCCGUUUCCACCACUGGCGUUCAGCUCCCCCCAGAGAUGCCCAUAGGAGCCGGUCUGUAAACAGAGGAUCCCCCAGUGUUGAUCGUAGGCUGCGUUCACCCUCACCUCAACAGCACCUUAAAUCUAAUCAGCUAACUAGGAUAUGUACCUUGAAACCUGCAACACGUUAGAAACUUAUAUUUAAAAACAAUUAACCAUAGUGACCAAUUUUUACCUGGGAAAUAUGUAAAUAUGAAGUGUUGGGGUUUCUUUGUUGUUGUUUUUUUUUUUUAAGAAAAGGAAACGUACACCGCUCUCAUGUGCCAUUUGUCCUCAGAGGGCAGCUUUACUUUUUUGGUAAAGGAACAAGCUGCUGAUCUUGACAAGGAGUUCAUAUAUAAUUGUUAUUACAGAGGAAUUGCUAUUACUCAUGUUUUAAAAAUAUCUAUUAAACAUUAUUAAACUUGAUCGGGAUGGGCCAAAUAAAGUUUUAUUGGAACAUAGA